AUACAAAAGUCGUAAUUUCAAGAAACUCGAUGGCUUCUACAGGGAGCCAGUCCUCUGAUACAGAUAACAUUUUUGGAUUCCUCAGUGAUGGCGCACCCCCAACCAAGAAGCCCAGGAAACUGCUUCCAAGCUUAAAAAGUAAGAAGCCUCGGGAACUCGUGCUGGUGAUUGGAACGGGCAUUAGUGCUGCGGUUGCACCUCAGGUUCCAGCUCUGAAAUCCUGGAAGGGGUUAAUCCAGGCUCUACUGGAUGCUGCCAAUGAUUUUGAUCUUCUAGAAGAUGAGGAGAGCAAAAAAUUUCAGAAAUGUCUCCACGAAGAUAAGAAUCUUGUUCACGUUGCCCAUGACCUUAUUCAGAAACUCUCCCCUCGUACUAGUAACAUUCGAUCCACGUUUUUUAAGGACUGUUUAUAUGAAGUAUUCGAUGACUUGGAGUCAAAGAUUGAAGACUCUGGAAAACAGCUACUUCAGUCAGUCCUCCACCUGAUGGAGAACGGGGCCCUGGUAUUGACGACAAAUUUCGACAACCUCCUGGAACUGUACGCAGCAGACCAGGGCAAACAGCUUGAAUCUCUUGACCUCACUGAUGAAAAAAAGGUCCUAGAGUGGGCUCAGGAGAAGCGGAAGCUGAGCGUGCUGCACAUCCAUGGGGUCUACACCAACCCUAGUGGCAUUGUCCUUCAUCCCGCUGGGUACCAGAACGUGCUCAGGAACACUGAAGUUAUGAGAGAGAUUCAGAAACUCUAUGAAAACAAGUCAUUUCUUUUCCUGGGUUGCGGCCAGACGGUGGAUGACACCACUUUCCAAGCCCUUUUUCUGGAGGCUGUCAAGCAUAAAUCUGACUUAGAACAUUUCAUGCUGGUUCGGAAAGGAGAUAUAGACGAGUUCAUGAAGCUUCGAGAAAACAUGCUGGACAAAGGGAUCAAGGUCAUCUCCUAUGGAAAUGAAUAUGCUGAUCUUCCAGAGUACUUCAAGCGGCUGACCUGUGAGAUAUCCACGCGGGGUAGGUCAGCAGGCGUGAUGAGAGAAGGUCACCUAAAUGGUUCAUCUGCAGCGCACAGUGAAAUAAGAGACCUCAGUACAUGAGGGCUACAGAAGUCACCGACAUGAGACCAAGCUGUAAGGCCCUACCAUGGACAGUUUAACAGUAAACUUACAAGAACCCAACACAACUCUGAAAAGAACCAAAACCCAGAAGUUGAAGGCUGGGGCUACGUAGAGUGGUGGCGAACUUCCCACCUUAAUCCUUCGUGCCGACUGGUCUUUUGUUUUGUUGUUUUCCAGUUCUUGAUCUCAUAUGGCCUGUUCCAGUUUGAGAAAACCCAAGUGACAAUGGGACCCAGUGCAGCUCCCCACCCACCACUGGGCUGGACAUGCCUGUGACUACACGGGUCCGGGUGGUGCCCCCUGCGCAGGCUGCUGCCCGGCAUGGACGCGGGCUGUGGAUGCCGUGGAUUCACCGUGGCCGCUGCAAUUUUAUACUCUAGACUUGGUUUUCCACUUAAGCUUAAUGGCUUUUUCUAAGACUUGAAGCUCUAGUUUUCUAGAUCUCUUACAGUGUACAGUAUUUUACAUACCUGAGCUGUAUUAAAUGCUUGUUCAUUUACUUCC